GUCGCAGUGACCGAGUCUGAAAACACCGGGAUGAGUUCUACAAUGUAAUUCUGAGCAUUCCCAGUUUUAUAAACCUUCACUGCACUCGGCCUGCCCGUGCCGAAAAAACCCACCCCGAUGGAUAUCCAUAUGAGACCUCCCUGAUUUUCCUGUUUGUGACCGCCUUUAUCCCGACGGGCUACAGCGAUUGAAUCAUGCCGAGCGACAUCUACCAGGCCGAUCCGCCACACCGGCCGCAUCCGGAAGAGGCCCGGGACCAGAACGGACAGCCCCUUGACAACAGCGCCGGGCCGCUCCUGCCCACCGGUCGGCCGCGGACUGCGACCGCCGACACGCUUGAAAUUGAUGAGACACUCAGUCACCCGGGUUCGGUCCGCAUCAAUGUCAAGGGCGCCUUUAUCGUCGACCAAGACACGGCAACCCCCACUACUCCGGAUGGCCGCAGUGGAUCCCCCGGCCGUCACGAGACAAAGGACAUCCGGCUGCCAAACCACACAGCCGUGGUGAGCCAUAUCGCAAUUGAUAUUGGUGGUUCUCUUGCCAAGCUUGUCUACUUCUCCCGCGAAGCGCACUCGACCGAGCCGGGAGGACGGCUCAACUUUGCUAGUUUUGAGACGGACCGCAUCGAUGACUGCCUCGAGUUUGUGCGUGGCCUCAAGGACAAGCACCUGGAACUCAAUGGUGCUGCCAGCAAUGGCCGCGGCGCAUCCGGGCGCCGCCCUGGCGACCUGUGUGUGAUGGCGACCGGGGGAGGGGCCUACAAGUUCUAUGACAACAUCCGCGAUGUGCUUGGGGUGGAUGUGUUGCGGGAGGAUGAGAUGGAGUGCUUGAUUAUCGGUCUCGACUUCUUCAUCACCGAGAUUCCCCGCGAGGUCUUCACCUACUCCGAGACGGACCCCAUGCACUUCGUCGAGCCCUCGGAGAACGUCUACCCGUAUCUACUCGUCAACAUCGGCUCGGGCGUCUCCUUUCUCAAAGUCCACGGCCCGCGCAGAUACGAGCGUGUCGGUGGCACAUCUCUAGGCGGCGGCACCCUGUGGGGCCUACUUAGCCUGCUCACGGGGGCGCGCACUUUCGACGAGAUGCUGGACCUCGCCUCGCAAGGCGACAACGCCAAGGUAGACAUGCUCGUCGGCGACAUCUAUGGUACCGACUACGGCAAGAUCGGGCUCAAGAGCACCACCAUCGCCAGCUCCUUCGGCAAGGUCUUCCGGAAGAAGCGGCAAGCGGAGCAAGAAGCCGAGGACAGCGGCGGCCAGCGGCACAAGGACCAGCAACACCAUCAACAACAUCAACACUCAGACAACCCCCCGUCGUCACCCUCGGAGCAGUCGGAGCCAUCACACCCAGAACUCUCCCACGACGAGUCCAGCCCCUUCACCGCCGCCGACAUCUCCGUCUCCCUCCUCUACGCCAUCUCCAACAACAUUGGCCAGAUCGCCUUUUUGCAAUCGCAAAUCCAUGGCCUCUCCCACAUCUACUUUGGCGGCUCCUUCAUCCGCGGCCACCCGCAGACCAUGAACACCCUCAGCUACGCCAUCAAGUUCUGGUCCAAGGGCGCCAAGCAGGCCUAUUUCCUGCGCCACGAGGGGUACCUGGGCGCCGUCGGCGCGUUCCUCAAGAGGCAGCCUAUGAAUUGGGGGCGGCGCGGUAGCUUUGAUGAGAUGGUGGCGCCGUUGGAGUUGAGGCAGAAAGCGGAGAGGGGGCGGGGAGAGGGGUUUGCUGUGCAGGGAGGCUUGAAUGGGUCCGAGGCGGUUGUUUGAGCUGGUUGGCUUCGAAUGGUUUCUUAUCGUUGAUUUCCGGCGGCCGUUUUUUUUCUUUUUCUUUCUUUUUCUUCUUUUUGGAUGGGUCUGGCAACAGAUGUAGCGAGCAUGGCGUGUAAGCUGAUAUCCCUUUGUAGCGGACUGUUUGGGCGGUUGGCGAUUUUACUUGCGAGCGACGGACAUGAUCGAGCGGUAUAGAGCCCGGGAUAGACUCAACAGCAGUGGUCCUAGCAAUUGGCAGGACCACCUAGCAAGCGUUCAACACACAUCU